GAGCUCCUCUACAGUGCGAAGAGUAAUGCAGCGCAGUUUUGAAAGUGGAAACCACAAUAUGUUUUUGAUUGGUGACUCUGGAUAUCUAUUAGAGCCGUGGUUAAUGACUCCUCUUCCAAACCAACCUCAAGGAAGUCCCAAAUUCCGCUACAAUGAGGCAUUUUGUAAAGCACGAAACCCAGUCGAGCGGCUUUUUGGCGUUCUCAAAGGAACUUGGCAAUGCCUAUCUCAACAAAGAACUCUUUUGUACGAUGCUGGAUUCACUGGUAGAAUAGUCAAUGCGUGCUCAGUGUUGCAUAACAUUCGAUUAGGUGACCAAAUAUAUGAGCUUGGGCAGGAGUUCCUAGAAAAUAGAACAAAUACCGUCAAUUUCAAUCAACAGCAAAACGCGUCCAAGAUCGCCUGA